GAGGAAGACCCAGACCCCGACUCCUCUCCAACCGUCGUUCGGAGGCAGGAGGUCCCCGACGACAAAGUGGGCUGGGAUGUCCCCUGGCCCGCCUACGACCCACCCGCUUACACCUCGCCCCACCUCGCGAAGCAGUCGUGGGCCGACCCGGAUAUCGAGUCCGUCCGCAAAAUUUUUCCAGGUUUUCACCCGACGUGGAACGUGAUCGACGGGACGGUGGACCGGCGGAGCACCUUCACGGAGUACCUCGUCGUGGACGACACCCCUAGGUACGUCGCGGGGGGGUCGUCGUGGUUCCCUCUUCGUUUCGAGCCGACUCGUUCCCGGAAGAACCUCGGCAUAACGCAGACAUUCGCCUGA